UCGAUACGGUAAUUGUGAUCAGGUACUUUUGUUUAACACUCAUCGGUGGAGGACUGUUUCAAACAUGAACUCCAAAAAAAUUCUCAUCACCCUGGUAGUAGUCGGCUUAUGCUGCCUUACGGUUGUCAAUUCCUUGAAGUGUUUCUCCUGUAUUGAUUCCAAAACUUGUAAAAAACCAAGUAAAGUGCAGUGCACCUACGACUCAGCCAAUAGUACCAGAAACUAUCUCGAUUUGUACUAUACAGGGGUACCAAAUACCACUAGUAUUGGUUUUUUGUGUAUGAGUGAUUUGCUGAAGCCAGCGGGCAGCGGCGACAUAAUGCGCAAGGGUUGCAUUUUUAAUAACUACCAGAGCUGCUUUUAUAAUGUACGCCCAUAUUUCUCUCAAAGCUAUCAACGUUCGUGCAAACAGUGCAACACGGACGGCUGCAAUCCAGCCGAUCGCGCUAGUGGUAGUUUAUUGGCCGUCACGUUCACAGUCAUGGUGACAGCAUUCGGGAAGCGAGUGUGGCCUUAGGUAGCUGAAAUUGAUGAAAUUCAAAAUGUGUUCCUUGAUUGCGAAAUAUUUGAGUGUAAAUGAAAGCAGUACCACUUCAACAAAACUAAUCGAUUAAUGAGUUUUAGCAGUAAUUUUAUUAGAAGGCGAUUAAAAGAGGUGAUAAGCUUCAAUAAAAGACGUCAACAAUAAAUCGUA